GACGAUGAGGCUGACUGAAACCCGUCUUCUCAGCUGAUGACAAAAGCCACUGAUGAUAGAAGCUCCUGGUUUCAGCUGCCUACCACCAGAGACCUAACAUGAAUUUGGCAUUUCUCGCUCUAACAGCCGCGCUUUUGGCUUCGAAUAGCGGCUCCUGUUAUUCCAGCAGCGUCCCUUCAUUCAUCCUGCCGUUCACUGACUGCGUCCAGAGCCGCGGCAAAGACGGCUUCUACCAGGGAGCGAUAGACGUCACCGAGUCCGGCACUCAGUGCAUGAACUGGACCGAGGUGGCCGGCUUCAAGGAGCGCUACCCGGGCAAAGGAAUAGGAGAGCACAAUCACUGUCGCAACCCGGAUGGCAGGAUCCGACCCUGGUGCUUUUUUAGGAACCACAAAGGCAGAGUGGACUGGGGGUACUGCGACUGUAAACAAGGCUCUGUACGUCUGCAAGGAGGUCGCUCCAAGCUAGACGGCAGGGUGGAAGUCUAUCUUGGAGGGGUGUGGGGGUCUGUCUGUAGCGACGACUGGGGCGAUGAAGACGCUGCAGUGGUCUGCAGACAGCUGGGCAAGGGGAUCUCAGGUCGUGCACGUGCAGUUCCCCUGUUUCGUCCAAGCAUGGCCAAGCUCCAUUGGAGGGCGGUCCAUUGCCAGGGAGAGGAGUCAGACCUGCUCCAGUGUCCUAAGACCACCUGGAAUGGAGGGGAAUGUUCCCAGGCUGCAGCCAUCACUUGCACACAGAAGCAAGUUUCAGCAGUUGUGACGCUCCCUAUACGGCUGGUGGGAGGUCGGUCGGGGUCAGAGGGCACAGUGGAAGUCUUCCAUGCAGGGCAGUGGGGCUCCGUGUGUGAUGACCAAUGGGACGACAGCGAUGCGGAGGUGGUGUGUCGACAACUGGGGCUGAGCGGUGUGGCGAGGGCGUGGGGCCAGGCACAUUUUGGCAAGCGUUCAGGCCGUGUGUGGCUGGAUGAGGUGCGCUGCACGGGCAAUGAGCUCACACUGGAGCAGUGUCCAAAGAGUGCCUGGGGGGAGCACAACUGUCUGCACUCUGAGGAUGCAGGAGUGUCCUGCAGCCCUCUCACAGAUGGUUCUGCGAGGCUGGUGGGGGGCAUCAGCAGCAAUGAGGGACGUUUAGAGAUAUUUUACCAUGGUCAGUGGGGGACAGUGUGUGAUGACGGCUGGACAGACUCUAACACACAAGUCGUGUGCAGACAACUAGGUUACAGAUUAGGCGAGACUCUCCUUUCCGAAGGACUGGACAUCACCCCAGUCCCACGCUUCGGAGUGGGGUCAGGUCCCAUUCUUUUGGACGAUGUGAGCUGCACAGGAAAGGAGCCCAGCCUGCUGCUGUGCAAAAGAAAGGAGUGGCUCCGCCAUGACUGCACACACCAUGAAGAUGUUAACAUUGCAUGCAGCCCUGAUCGCAACGGAGAGAGUCUUCCAAUGAGUGUGCCAGUGAGACUUGUGGGAGGAGAGAGCCCAAGGGAAGGCCGGGUGGAGCUCUAUCUGUCUGGACAAUGGGGGACGGUGUGUGAUGAUGGAUGGACUGAUCGUGACGCUGAGGUGGUGUGCCGACAGUUGGGAUACAGUGGGGUGGCAAAGGCCCGUGUGAUGGCAUACUUCGGGGAGGGGACAGGGCCCAUCCACGUGGACAAUGUGAAGUGCAGCGGCGAGGAGCGUUCGCUGGCAGACUGCAUCAAACAGGCACCCGGCACACACAACUGUCGCCAUAGUGAGGACGCUGGGGUCAUCUGUGACUAUGGUGAAACGCAGCCAAGCUCCAAAGAGGUCAAAGGUCAGUCAGAUCCUGUCAGCUCAAUUUGUGGUCUGCGGCUCGUACACACUCGCCAGCGCCGAAUCAUAGGAGGAGAAAACUCUCUGAGGGGCGGCUGGCCAUGGCAGGCCGCGGUUCGUUUGCGAGGAUCUCGAGGAGACGGGAGGUUGGUGUGUGGAGCGACUCUCAUUGACACCUGCUGGGUUCUCACGUCGGCUCACUGCUUUAAGAGGUAUGGAAACAGCACCAAGCUGUAUAAAGUUAGAGUGGGCGACUACCACUCCCUCGUCCCUGAGGAAUACGAAGAGGAGUACGGCGUCGAUCAGAUCGUCCUCCACCCAAGCUACCACUCCCAUAGCAACGAUUACGACCUGGCCUUGGUUCGUCUGUCACCCGGGGCAGUGGGCCAGAUGCCGGGAGAGUGUGUGUCAUUCAGCCGUCAUGUUCUUCCCGCCUGUCUGCCCAUGAGGAAAGAGAGAGUGCUCAAACAAGCCAGCAACUGUCACAUUACCGGCUGGGGUGAUACGGGUCGCUCAUACUCAAAGACCCUUCAGCAGGCACCUCUCUCCUUACUCCCCCGUCGUCACUGCCAGCACCACUUCCACAGCGCCUUUACGAGCCGCAUGCUCUGCGCAGGCAGCAUCCAGUCGGAGAGGCGUGUGGACAGUUGCCGUGGUGACAGCGGAGGUCCAUUGGUGUGCGAGCGUCCAGGAGGGGGUUGGGUGGUUUACGGGGUCACAUCUUGGGGUCAUGCCUGCAGGACACAGCAGUCCCCUGGCGUCUACACCAAAGUCUCUGCCUUCAGCUCCUGGAUACGCAAGGUGAUCGGACGCGACGACAGACAGGAGAAAAGGCGAUGAAAUGGUGAAAGACAAUCUGAAACAGCUGACCUCUCGAUCAGAGAGAAUGACACUCAAGACUUACUGGAUUGGUCAAGUGACGGCUGACGCAACGCUAUAUAUCAGUCAUGAAUAACUGAUGUUAUGACCUGAUUAUCAGUAAUGUCAGUGACAACCUGACCUUCAAAUGGAGAGCACAAGGCAACGCUGGUCUUUUUCCACCUAUAAACUUUUUUAUAUUUUUUGAGGAGUCUUUUCUCUCAUCUAAGUCAUUAGCACUUAUUUUAAAGAUUUAAUAUGCUCUUGACAUGCAAGAUUUUGUAUGGUGUUCACGCAAGAACAUGCAACUCUGUAACUUCAAUGUCUUUUGUUCCUUGUGACAUUGCGUAUUACUUGUACACUUAAUUGUAUUCUUAUUUUCUGAAAUAAUGUUUUCUGUGCUUGCUUUUUAAAGUGUAAUUUAUGAUAUUAAAUACGUGAUUAAACAUGUUGAAAAGGGACCAUAGUGAAAGAAUAAACAUAGUAUACAUGCAUGCAUUUGCAGACUUGCACUAAGAUGCCCCCUUUAGAUACUUAAUGCAUGCAGUGCUUUCUCUCGUCAUAUUGACAUUUGCCAAAUUGAAAUAUGUCUCUCAACCUCACUUUAUGAUUGUUAAUGUGAUGUUUCUCCACUGUGCUCUUUGUUCUCUGUGUGAAAAGCAGAUCAGGUCUUAGUUAUUACUCAGGCAUUUAUUCUUUACAUCCAGUCAGUAUUCGUCCUCAGUGCUGCUCGAUGCUUGCGGAGAAAGGAAGGGAUUAAAGUUUUUCAGAAUGAAAGCACAUAACAGCAUUUCUAAGUAUUGCUCUGUCAUAUCGACACUAUUAAUUCAUGUCCUUUUGUUCUGGUGGGAUGGUCAAGUGUUGUCGAGGUCCUGACAACACUGAAUGGAGACAAUCUGGUACACUUGAAAAACUACACUGCCUUCUUAUUUGGUGUUUACUGACUUUGUUAUGUUUUCAUGUACUGUAACAUUUCUUUAUAAAAGUAGA